AUGACACAGCGAGACGAAAACUUUGAAGCCCUCUCGGGAGUUAACGACCAUAUCGCUUCGUUCACCUUGAGUCUUGAAGACGGUCGUUUACUAGAUGCCACUCCGGAUGCCAUAACGGAAGCUCAAGCUACAGCCGCCUAUAAAUUAUUGCAAGAUGUGAAUCUCUU